AUGGGCCCCACAGCUCUCCACUCCUGUCACCCCAACAGGGACACCAUGCCUGGGAUUCUGAGUUUUUAUGCAGACAAUGUUUCAUCCAGAAUUCACUCCCCUCCAAAGCUGGUCACCUGGACCUUCUUGCAGAAGAGGGUGUUUUUUCUUUAUUUGCUCAUCAGCCUUUUUCUGCCUUUCACCCAGAGCCAAAAGAAGAUACCUCUGGAAACUGUGAAGCUCUGGGCAGAUGCAUUUGGUGGAGACCUCUAUGCCUUGGUGACAAAAUACUCUGGAUCUCUCCUGCUAAAGAAGAAGUACAAGGAUGUAGAGUCCAGUCUGAAGAUUAAGGAAGUGGAUGGCUUGGAGCUUGUGAAGAAAUUCUCUGAAGAGAUGGAAAGCAUGCUACGAAGGAAAGUGGAGGCUGUGAAGAGACUCGUCGAAGCAGCUGAGGAGGCUGACCUCAACCAUGAAUACAAUGCUUCCCUGGUGUUUAACUAUUACAACUCAGUCCUCAUCAAUGAAAAAGACGAGAAUGGAGAUUAUGUGGAACUUGGGGAUGAAUUUAUUCUGGAUCUCAAUGAACACUUCAACAACCUGUGGGUGAAUACAUCCAUCAGUAAUGUGCAGCUGCCCACCAAUGUCUACAACAAAGAUCCAAAUAUUUUGAAUGGAGUCUACAUGUCAGAAGCCUUAAACCCUGUUUUUGUGGAGAAUUUCCAAAGAGAUCCAACACUGACGUGGCAGUAUUUUGGUAGCUCCUCUGGAUUCUUCAGGCUCUAUCCAGGUAUAAAGUGGACCCCUGAUGAAAGUGGAGUCAUUACCUUCGAUUGCCGGAACCGAGGAUGGUACAUCCAAGCUGCCACUUCUCCCAAGGAUAUUGUGAUUCUGGUGGAUGUGAGUGGUAGUAUGAAGGGGCUGCAGAUAGCCAUCGCCAAGCAUACCAUCUCUACUAUCUUGGACACCCUGGGGGAGAAUGACUUUGUCAAUAUCAUAGCGUACAAUGAUUAUGUUCAUUAUGUGGAACCUUGUUUUAAAGGGAUUCUCGUUCAGGCUGACAGAGACAAUCGAGAGCAUUUCAAGCAGCUUGUGGAAGAGUUGAUGGUCAAGGGUGUGGGGAUUGUGAACAAGGCACUGAGUGAAGCCUUCAGGAUCCUGAAGCAGUUCCGAGAGGAUGGACGAGGAGGCCUUUGUAACCAAGCCAUCAUGCUGAUCACUGAUGGGGCAGUAGAGGACUACGAGACUAUAUUUGAGAAGUAUAACUGGCCUGAUAGAAAGGUUCGGGUUUUUACUUACCUCAUUGGGAGAGAGGUCACUUUUGCUGACAAGAUGAAGUGGAUUGCAUGCAACAACAAAGGCUACUACACACAGAUCUCCACCCUAGCAGACGUCCAGGAGAAUGUGAUGGAGUACCUGCAUGUACUCAGCCGCCCCAUGGUCAUUAAUCAUGACCAUGACAUCAUCUGGACUGAAGCAUACAUGGACAGUAAGCUCUUUGCAUUGCAGCCCCAGAGCCUAUUGCUUAUGACCACAGUGGCCAUGCCAGUCUUUAGCAAAAAGAAUGAGACAAGAUCUCAUGGCAUUCUACUGGGUGUGGUGGGUUCUGAUGUACCUCUCAGAGAACUGAUGAAGCUGGCACCCCGAUAUAAGCUAGGGGUGCAUGGUUAUGCCUUUCUGAACACUAACAAUGGCUACAUCCUCUCACAUCCUGACCUCCGACCCUUGUACAAAGAUGGAAAGAAGUGGAAACCCAAGCCCAACUACAACAGUGUGGAUCUCUCUGAAGUGGAAUGGGAAGACCAAGAUGAAACUCUGAGAACAGCUAUGAUCAACGGGGAAACCGGAUCUCUCACUAUGGAUGUGAAAGUUCCUGUGGACAAAGGGAGGCGUGUUCUCUUCCUCACCAAUGAUUAUUUCUUUACAGGCAUCAGUGACACCCCUUUCAGUCUAGGAAUGGUGUUGUCCAGAGGCCAUGGAGAAUACAUCCUCCUGGGAAAUACUUCAGUGGAGGAAGGAUUGCAUGACUUAUUACAACCAGAUCUGACUCUGGCCAAUGAGUGGAUUUACUGUAUCACAGAUAUUGACCCAGCUCAUCGGAAACUCAGCCAGAUGGAUGCCAUGGUCCAGUUUCUGACCAGCAAAGAGCCUGAUCUAGAAUGUGAUGAGGAACUGGUGCAAGAGGUCCUGUUUGAUGCCGUGGUGACCGCUCCAAUGGAAGCCUACUGGACAGCUUUGGCCCUUAACGUAUCUGAGAAAUCUGAGGAUGUGGUGGACACGGCCUUCCUGGGCACCCGGGCUGGCCUCAUGAGAAGCAGCCUCUUCGUGAGCCCUGAAAAAGUCUCUAACAGGAAGUUCCUGACCCUAGAAGACAAGUCAAGCAUCUUCACCAUGGACCACUUCCCCCUUUGGUACCGGCAGGCCGCAGAGCAGCCAGAAGGUAGCUUUGUCUUCAGCAUCCCCUCUGGAGGGGAGCCAGGAUCCGUGACAGUGAGCACAGCUGUGGCCGUGACUGUGGACAAGAAAACAGCCAUUGCUGCAGCGGUGGGUGUGCAAAUGAAGUUAGAAUUAUUGCAACGAAAAUUCUGGGCAGUAGUGAACCAGUCCAGUAACUUGGAUUGCAGCCAAGUGAAUGGGAUCUGCUCACUGAGCUGUCAGGACAGUGACCUGGACUGCUUUGUCAUAGAUAACAAUGGAUUCAUUCUUAUUUCCAAGAGAUCCAAAGAGACUGGAAGAUUCCUGGGGGAAGUGGAUGGCUCAGUCAUGACCUACCUGCUCAACAUGGGGGUAUUCAGUCAAGUGACCAUGUAUGACUACCAGGCCAUGUGCAAAAUGUCCCACCAUCACCACAGCGGGGGGCGGCACCUUCUCAGCCCCAUCUAUUCGAUUGUGACUGCUGCCAAAUGGCUGAUGAGUGAGCUCUUCAUGUUCUUUUUAGAAUGGGGUACAUGGGGCUGCUGGCAGCAGGACAGCAGGGCAGAGGCCAAAGCCAUCUUCCAUCACUCCCACAAGCACAAGAAGCAGGAUAUAUUGCUGCCCUGUGACACAGAAUACCCUGUGUUCAUAUACCAGGCCGCUGUCCAGGAGACCAAUGGGAUUAUGGAGUGUGGAGGCUGUAGAAAGAUGUUUGUGAUUCAACGGAUUCCCAACAGUAACCUUCUUCUUGUAGUGACUGACUCCACCUGUGACUGCAGCAUGUUCCCACCUGUCCUUCAAGAGGCCACAGAAGUCAAAUAUAAUGCAUCUGUCAAGUGUGACAGGAUGCGCUCCCAGAAACUCCGAAGGCGACCAGACACCUGCCAUGCAUUUCAUCCAGAGGAAAAUGCCCAGGACUGUGGAGGCACUGCAGAGAACUCAGCCUCGAUAACCCCACUCCUGCUGCCCCUGGUAACCUGGGAGCUACUUCAAUGA